UAUUUACAUAGUUAUUAUUUACCUAGCAACUCUGAUUUGUCAACAUCCGAUUUUUCUUCAUGUGAAGGAUUUCAAAUUUGUAUUAAAGUAAUUUCUCGUGUGAAAACCUGAUAAUUUAACUCUCAGUAUGAGCAAGGAAACGAAUUUGAGAUAUGAGCUACCGCCGAAGUCAACGAAACUAAAACAGCAAUAUAUGCGAAAUAUACAGUGUCAAGAUGAAGUUAUUGAUCAGGGUGUUGUGCAAAAGGAAAUAGAUCGCAAACAAAUUUUGGAGAAAUGGGUGGAUGAAAGCAACAACAAAAUGCAAGCUAAACAGAGAGCAAAGGACCAGAAAAAUUUGAUCAUUGAAAUGAAGUUAGCAGGAAGGGCAAGUAUAUUGGUACGUCAGCGAGCGCUAGCACUGAAACUUGAAGCCGAUCAGAAGAUGUAUGAAGAGGAGUUAGCUAAAGUUGGGAAAGCUUUUCACAAGCAAAGAAUGUAAACAGAUCUGAAGCUAAUGUUCAAAAUGUGUGAGCUAUGCAAGUUUUGCAGAAUCCUCAAUGGGAAGUUUUGUGUUAAUUUGUUGACUUGCCAUUCUUGUCAGUCAUUUUGCACUAAUGGUAAUUUAACCUGGUUCUAACCCUAAGGGAUCAAGUCUAGCUACUUGCUUUAUCAGAUGUUUAAAUGGUUCUUGAAAUUCAGUAAGUAAUGUAUUUUCUAAAAGUGUAUGACUGUUUAUUUUUAAAACUUGCUGUUGCAUUAAUAUUUUGUACAUAUUUGGCCGGUGUGUGAAUUAAGACAAUAUGUCAGCUUCUAUUUUGUAAAUAUUUUACCUUGUGUGCAAGAACUGAGGACUCUUCUACAGCAGUAACAAUAAUUCUUUUAAAACAUCCUUAUCUGUGUUCAAAUAUAUUAUUGGUCAUUUGUACUAUUCAAGUUAUAAAAUAUUGCACUUUAUUGCUUGAUUAAAUUAGGUGUUUCAUCAAA